AGAAGUUUCCGUUUAAAAAAAGCAACAAAAGCAACGGUCUUUGUCGUGUUUCGCGUGAUUGAUUUUUUACAUUGAUAUUUAACUGAAAAUGUGUAUCGAAGUGUGAGUUUUCGAUAGAUUUCUAGAAAGAUAUUCUAAUAAAUAGUUUUCUAGUGUACUUAUAUUGUUAGUGCGACCAACACAUUACUCAAAAUGAAGGAUCCUUUUGUUAAGGAUUCGGUUAUCGAUUCGCCGGCUAGGGAGAGCCUCAGAAAUGUAGAAGGCUGCUACAAUAAGAAUAUAUUCAAGACUAGUUCUUUUGCGAACUCCCGACGUGCAUUGCAGUCUGGGGCAGACAAGAUUUCAAGAACAUUUCGAAGUGUAAGAAACACCUUCGGGAAUCUGUCACAGCAUUUCAGAUUGGGAGGCAGGCGUCGUCACCGGCUGACAGAGCCUGUAUCUCCUUGCAGGGCUCCAACAACACCCGUUAUGAAGAAGAAGCAGAUACUAGGCAGGAGUCCUACAAAGCUGUACAGCCCGUUUGGCAUAGAGACGCCUCACAGCCGGGACUUCAGGAUGUCACCAUACAUGCCUGACACACCAGACCAUGGUUUGUCACCGAAGCGACGCAAGGGCGUCACCCACUCGUGGCAUAUCUUGGCCAAGAAGAGACCUCGAGCGCUCUUCCAUUGAAUAUCUUACCACAUAACAUGUAUACAUGUAUUAACUCAACGCACAAAUGUAUCCCACCGCUUAAUGUAAGACUAGCUUCUAAGGCCCUUGGAGAUUGUUUAAUGUGAUGAAAAUUUAGUGAGUUAUGUAAUGAAUUCUCAGUUACUGUAUAUUGUAACUAACAAUUAAAAAUCUGAGGAAGUUUAAAAUAAGGAUCCAGUUGUACUUAUUUUGGGCAGCUAUCUCCUAUUUAAAGUUGUCGCUUUGAAAAAAUAAUCAAACUAUCAUUUAGAAUUUUAGAUAGACUAACUUUCAUGUUGAGAAAAUCCUUGUCGAUGCUCAUUUACCUAAGCAUAAAAGUUGUAAUUGACUUUUGCAUUAAACAAUCUCUAGGCGCCUAUCGAUAUUUUGUAUGCAAUUGGUGCUAUAUACAUAGUAUUUUCUUAUUAUUGUAUUACAUACGCGAUUGGCUUGUAUCCGUCGAAAUAACUUGUAUUUGUGGCAAGUUACUGAUAUAAGUACAUAAAAAUGGUUUAAUAUUGAGGCUUAUCUAUUUUGUAAUUCGACUGAGAAAAAAGAGAA